AUGAGUGACGUCAAGAGUAACCGAGAACUAUAUCAGCAGUAUUCAGCCAUAGCCCCCAAACUGCUGGCCCGUGUCUCCAAACUCCUUAUGAUCUGCCGGAACUCAGGCAUCCAUGUACCCAAGGGCAUCAGGAACAUCUUCGAGUUCACUUGGGAGGAGCUCAUCACUGACCCCAUGGUGCCUACCGCAUCAGACAUCUUAGGCCUGGAGAUCAGUUUGGGGCCACCACCUGUGCUUAUGGAAUUGGCCCCUGUGCAGGUCCCCACCCAGAAGAAGCCACCACCACCACCAGUACCACCACCACCACAGCUACUGCCAACAUCGACUGGUCCAACCAAGUUCACCACCACCUCGCCUACCCAGACACGCACAGUGACCACUGGUCAGGAGACCCUGCACAAGUUUCAGCGGCAGUCCAUCCACUUGCUGACAGAACUCCUCACUCUGAAAAUGAAGGCCAUGGUGGAGUCUGCAUCAGUAGGUGCCAACCCCCUGGACAUCACAAGGCGCUUCGUGGAGGCCAGCCACCUUCUCCAUCUCAAUGCAAAGGAGAUGGCUUUUGACUACUUGAUCGGCACAAUCGGGAGAAGUGGUUGUAGUAGUGGACAGCUGGGGAAAGAUUCAUUCAAUAACAUCUCUGCCAUGGGAGUGAACUCACCAUAUCAGCUCAUUUACCAGUCCUCUACAGGCUGUCUGAGCUUUUCCCUCUCAACUCUAAAGGAAGGCAAGAAGAAAACAGGCAAAUCCAAAACAGUGGACGACCUAACCCCAACACCAUUACGUGCAACAGGGACCUCUGCCUCUGACAGUGUGGAGUUCAACGACCCCUGCCCAGAGGCCCGGGAGAAGCUGCAGGAGAUGUGUCGUCAUAUAGAAGCUGAAAGGGCCUUGUGGAGAGGGAAGAAUAUCUUCUACCCGGUGAUAUUACGCAACUACAGGACAAAGAUACCUGUUCAUCCACUGCCAACUCCCAAAGGGGACUUGGGGACCCACCAAGCUCAUGCCUCAAGUUCCCACCACCCUCACACUUCUGGUGCUCAGACUCCUUCUCCCACCGCCCACCAGCCUUCUGGUUACCAUGCUCACCAUGGUCGGCAUUCUCAAGAGUGGAAGGGGCCCAAGAAGACCAUCAAGUUGCAUUAUACCUUCUAUGAUGGGUCCUCUUUUGUUUACUAUCCUUCUGGAAACAUCGCUGUGUGUCAGAUUCCCACGUGCUGCCGAGGAAGAGCCAUCACCUGGCUCUUUAAUGACACACCCAACUUCUCCUUCCUGGCCUUAUUCAACACUGAAGGCCAGGGCUGCAUUCAGUACAACACAAAGGCCUGCUGUCCAUAUGUCUUGGUCUUGGAUGAGGAAGGUGGAACCACCAAUGACCAGAAGGGCUAUGUAGUCCACAAGUGGAGCUGGACUUCUAAGACAGAGACGUUGCUCUCCCUAGAAUACAAGAUGAAUGAGCAAAUGAAGUUGACGGUGCUGGGACAAGACUCCGUAGUGGUGACAUUCACCUCCCUAAAUGAGACAGUAUCACUCACUGUAUCAGCCAACAAUUGUCCUCAUGGGAUGACACACGAUAAACGGAUGACCCACAGGAUCAGCAGCUUCGACGACAAGAUUUCUAAAAUGAGCCGAGCCCUGGCUGAGAUCAAGAAACGGUUUCAGAAGACGGUGACUCAGUUCAUGAAUUCUGUCUUGCUGACAGCAGGUCUGUUCACCAUACAAUAUCCUAUAAAAGAUGAGGCAGAGAUUGGUCGGCUCAAGACUAAAUCUGGGCCUCAUCCUGACCGGAUCCGCAAGCUGAGUUUAUUCUCCGGAGAACUUCUUGUACGAUCUUACUCGGCACGACCAGAAUCCUCGAUUGGAGAGUCUUCUAAGGAAGAGUCUGAGUCUGCUCCUGUGAGCCCCACUCGGAAGAAGGCCACCGGAAUCCAACCCAAGGCCAUAGUCGUAUCCAGGGCCAAGGCCCAGGAGCUGGUGCGCAGCCCCACCUCCUGGGCAGCCUCACCCUACAACUGCCCUCUGAUGCUGCGGAAGCUCAUCCGUAAGGAGGACAUCCGAGCAGGCUGCAAAUGCAUCGUGAAGGCACCCCUGGUGUCUGACGUGGAGCUGGAGCGCUUUUUGUCAGCACCCCGUGACCCCAGCCAGGUGCUUGUGUUCGGGAUCAUCUCAGUCCAAAACCCAGCCAGAACAGCCCAGCUUCAGUGGCUCCUGGACACCCUCUACAGUCACCAGCAGCAAGGCCGUGCUUCACCCUGCAUCCAGUGCCAGCGUGACCCCUAUCGCCUGCUGCGGUACGACCCAGACAGCCCUCUGCAGAACAACCCGCCCCUGAUGGUGAAGAAGUAUGCAGUGAUACAGGGCAUGGUUCUGAUGUUUGCUGGAGGGAAGCUCCUUUUUGGGGGUUGUGUUUUGAAUGGAUAUGGCUUCAGCAAGCAGAACCUGCUGAAACAGAUCUUCCGGGCUCGACAUGAUUGCGAGAUGGGCUACUUCCUGCCAGAUAACUAUAAAUUUAGUGCUUCAAGUCCCAUCCCGAGCCUUAUGGAUACUGAACUGUCAAAGAGAGCAAUGUCAGAGGAUAUCCAAGGAAGCUUCUCCUCAUUGGCAUUGGGGGACAAGAUGGAGAAAGAGUCCUUGGGUGAAGCAGACAAAAAGUAGGAGCCUGAACUGGACCUGCAGCCUCUCAACAAAGCCAGGAGGGACAGUAAGAAGAUUUCCAGCUGGAAGAAACAGUCAUCCAAGAAGUGA